AUAAAAUGCAAGAAAAGCCAAAGAGAAGAAGAAAGAAGAAGAAAGAAGUGAUUGUAAAAAACAAAAUCCUCCACUAAAUUACAACCAAAACAAAUGAAGAUGAAAAAACUAAGUGAUUCCUUGCAACUGACAUGAAUCUCUAUACUCUCUACUCUCUUAGACCUCUCCGUCCAAAAUUCCCUUACUUAUCGCCAUUCUCCCUCUCCAACAAAUUUUCACUUGCUCUUUCCCCAUCUCCCAUGGGAGCUAAUCUCUGCACCAUUAGACGUCCGGCGACCGCCGACGCCUCCGGUGACGGAAAAUUAGGGCUCGGAUUUGCAGGCUAUGAAAUCUGCGGGUGGAGAAGGCGACAGUGGUGGAGAAGGGAGAGGAACGAAGUGAAGAGAGAGUUAGAGGCGUCGAUUGAGAAGAAGGAAACUAAAGAGUUCAUGUCUCUUGAGGAGUUGCUGUUGGCUUCUCCAGGAGCGCCGUCGGAGCGAGGGGAGGGAAAUGACGGAGAGUUUAAUGUUUCAAGACAUGGGGGAUUCAAAAGAAAAGUUCAUCCGGCGAGGAUUCUGGAGCGGUCUUCGGUUUGUGAUGAGAGAUCGGGUUUUGUUGGUGAAUCUGUUGCAAAGGAUGAGUAUUCUUCUCAUAGCGGUUUUCCGAUUUGUAGAAGAGAAAGUGGGAAGUUGAAGAAGAAAGUGAGUUUUAGGCUGCCGGAGGUGUCGGAUGUUAUUGUUAUUCCGUCGCUGGAGGAUGAUGUGACAGCCGAUGACCGGAAUGUUGUUUCCUAGUUUAGUUUAUAGUUUUGGGACACUCUAAAACUUUGUAGUUAACUUUAAAAAUGUUACUUUACAUAUAAUACAAAAACCAAAAUAUUUACCACUUUCAUUUCAAAUAUAUUGAAUUCCUGCCUUUGGAAUUCUCGAAUAUCUUCCUAUUA